GCGCUGAGACAUGUUUGUUUUGUUUACAUAAAUUAAGCGCUAGUAACUUUCGAUGGGACACAAUACUCAGCUCGUUGCGUUAAUUCUGUCAUCGGUUUUCCGAAGUGAGUUGUACAUUGAAACAUGUCUGAUAACAUCAACCAGCAAGUCGCCUUGCCGACGGCGAUGCUAGGCGCUCCCCUCAUGCCUACAGGCACGACCUGGAAGCUGAAGUCGAAGAAAAGGCAGGGGAAAAAGCGGCCCACAAGAGCCGAAUUUAGCACCGGGCCAGAAAAGAAAGGAAAAGGGUCGAAAAAGUUGCUGGGCCGGCGGAUGAACAUCUUCCGACGGGAAUCAACCAAGGUAACCGACCCGUUGGAUGCUUUGGAGCGAGGUCAUGCCGCAGACUUGGUGGAUAUUGACACGGUGCAGAUCAAGACAAGCCCUCAGAAGAGUGACAACAGUAAAAGCGGCUCUAGUGCCAAAACAGAACCGUCACCAAGUAUGGUCAAUCUAUUUGGAAGCCUGUCCUCAACUCGCAAAUCUGGGGAAGGAGAGGACAAAAAGGGGACAGCAGGACCCUCUGGGCUGGCCAAGAAAGGCGGACUUGUCCAACGUGUCCGUAGAUUCCUCAGGGAGUUGAGGGGUAAGGGAACAGGUGCCCCCAAACCACUGGCAGGUUCCGUUUAUGAGACUGCCAUUGCUAAUGGAUCUCCAAGUUCCCAGGUAUUAUCAAAUGGCAGCACUAGAGAGUGGGACCGAUGGAGGUCAGUCAAAGAAACAUAUACAGGGAGGUACACCAGCAAGGUCUCCCCCCUGAAGACAGAGAAAGAUACCUCCUCGGCCAGCACUGCUGGUUCCGGUGGCAGCAUCCCACCUGGAGUUGGUGCCUCUUCAAAACCAGUAGGGCCCAGCCAAUUACUUCCGGGUUUGGAUCCCCGUUCCCCAGCAGCUUGGGCCAUCACAGACUGGACAAGCCAUCGAAGGGAGGGGCAAGGCCAGUCUAGUAAUCGACCCCAGUCCCAGUCUGUGGUCCAAGCUGCCCAGCUGCCAAGCCAGCCCAGGAAUGUCACCUAUCAUGGGGCUGGCUUGGCUACAGACACCAGCCAGCCAACACCAGUUGAACAACAGAGCAGCAUUCAGACCUACAAAGACCCAGGAUACAGAAGGACCCACAGAAUCAUUGUUGUCAAGCCACGCUCCUCGGAUCCUUUUGAGUCUUCCUAAGAGAGAUCUCUAGCCACCCCAGUAGACCCUCAUCAGACCCGGCCCUGUGCCCUACGUUGCCACUUGUGGCAUUCAUCAAAGUGGUAACCCAUGAUGAGCGUGUAUCCAUGACCAUCGUUUGGUGGCUAACUGGUGGUCUACCAGACUUACCAGCCUAUGGACCUCUCCCUUCCUGAAGACUCGGGGCAAAAACACAACCAGGACAGUGGCAUCCUGAAAUCUUGUUCCACCAAGGUGAUCGUCGUUCUACUGGACAAACUAUUCAUUGGCUGGUGAUACAGCAACACACAGAUGCACCAAGUGUGUGAAGCUGAGACACAGAGGGUUCCAUCAGGACCACGGAUCAGACAAAGAUUGAUCGGACACUGGAAAUCAGCAAAGACCAAGAAAGAAAAACAGGCAGCCUGUCUGUUAAAAAAGGGGGAAAUCAUUCCCAAGAGUGCAUUUGUCAUUUAAAUAAGUUUUAUAGAAUAACUAACAGAUACUUCAAGCCUAAGGAGGGAAAGAUUAAUUAUUUGUCACAGGACUUAAAGCAUUCUAUUCAUCAGACUGGGUAAUCAGCAGGUAUAAUUUUACUUCUAAUCCACUAAACUAUUCUCUUUCUCUUUUACUCACUAAAGUAGAUUUUAAUAGGAGCCCAUCACAAGGAACAUAAUCUUUUCAGUACACAUCAAUCUAAUAAGAGGCAAAAUGGUUCACUUAAUUAAAUUAAAGUAAAUUAAAUUAAACUGCAUAGUCUCUGGAGAAGUAAUAAAUGGGGAGGGGUUAAAUAAAAAAUGUCAAUAUUUGUCGGGGUGAGACUUAAUUUAAGAUAGAAAAACUGCGCUGCAGAAUCGGUUGCAACAGAAAAGAGGGGCCAUAUUUUAAGACGGGUAUGAACAGAAAAGCGGAUAAUGGUAAGAGCGGGAAAUAUAAGUUGAUUUUGGCAAAAGGAAAUCAGAUCAUUUUUGAACACUUUCAAAUUCACCUUGAAACUAAGAGAUCUAGCAGUAAUAUAACUUGAAUGAAAGUAUUUUCGCACUUUAAAAAGCACUGAUCAAAAUGAAUAUUUUGAAAUAGCAUGUUUAAUAGGAAAACUACUGAAACGUGCAGUGUUAUAGUUUGGUCCAUCACAAGUCCUUUCACAAGACCAGUUUGGAACAGGGUGAGCAAUAACAAACAGGUACUUUUGUCACAGUUCAGUGAACAGCUUAGGACUUGGUUUGGUUUGGCUCGGUUUAUUCAGUUUCACACAUCACAGUAAGAAUAUAAUGAAGCACAGUUAUUUACAGCAUGAAAAAGGGGUGAUGAAUGGCAGAUACAAGGCAGAAAGCAAACGCCUUUAGAUGACCUGGUCCCUUAUUUGUCACAAUAAUAUCCAUGUACAGCUAUAAUUACAAGGUAGAGCAGAGAGAGAUUAAAAAAAUGUAAGAUUAAAGUAAUUGUGAUGACUUCAACACAACAUUGGAAAACUUGCAUAGAUAAAGCUUUUGGUUUAUUUUUUACCUUGGCAUAUCGCCAUAGAGAACAAACUGAAAUCCGUGCGUCCACCACUGAAUGUGAUGCCCUGAUCCUGUAAUCCGUAACAACACUGACCUGACAAAGACUCGCAGCCCCAAGGAUUGAUGAGGAGUCCAUCAGGAAGAAGGUCAAGGAUGGAGAUGCAUUCCUACCAAAGGUACACCCCAUCCCAGGACAGAGAAGAGAGGCACUGUACUUUCAUCCUGAGGAGAGGCCAUCAGGAGAGGAAGCCAAUACAACACCUUCCAGAGGAAGGAAGAGCGAAAGAGGACACUGCAGUCUAACAUUACUACAUUUCAGGAAGACAGGGGAUCAUCUUCCUGACCCACACAUCCAGGAAAAGAGAGUCGCAGGUAGACAGAUAACCAGGAUUGCCAUCAUAUCUGGUCCACCGAUCCAGUUGGCAGCCUUGUUCACCAGGACUCUAGGUCCAAGCACCAGGAAGCAUUCAUCCGAGGAGAAUGGAAGAAUAGCAGUGCCUGCAGACAUGAUCGGUGUGGCUCGCCGAAAGGGAGCUGGUGGUUGGUUGAAACACUCCCAACGGCUGCCUUGUUGCCUGGUUCAUUAAUCCAGUCUGCAGUCCAAAAAUGAUAGAAGCAACGACCCUGCCACAAACGCCCCUGCAGCGAGACAGUCGUAUAACACCAACAUCUGAGAGGAACAGUAGAAAGGAAAUAACAAUUAAUUGGAACGGGAUGGCCAGAAAAUCAUCUGUGAGUCAAAAUCUGCACUCAAGAGGACGAUAGGCAGUACAGGCUGAAAAAAUGUGCUUUAAGAAUUUUCUCGUAAAAGUUUGUUUACUCGGCUAUGUUUGGUUCAUGACCAUAUAAGUCGACAUUAUUAUACAGAAUAAUGGAAAUGAGAUUGGGCAUUUAAUGACAUUAAAUGGUUAUAAAUUUCGGCUUGUUUGACUAAAAAGAAAUUCACUUUAGCAAAUAAACUAUCAAUGAACAACAUUAAACUAACCAAACAAUUGCCUCUACAACCUGGAUGGGGGAACAAAUUUGAUCGUAAUUUGUGUUCUUUGAAACAGUAUACACCUAUUUACCACAUGGAACAGUAACAACCAAUUUGGUUCUAGUAGUAAUAAUUUUAAAAUACCAAACCCAUAAUACGUCUUCAGCAUCUCAUUAAAAUUACCCUCCGUCGGUAUUAUUUUCAAGUAACUUUUCUGAAGAGCUUGCAAGAACUGUCAGGCUUACCUAGACCGUAGGUGAACUAUUUGGCUGGGAUAGGAGUUGCACAGAUAUUUGUUUACAUAUUUUACAUGAAACAACUAGGAAAAGAAUCUCCCCGUACUAAUAUUAUAUUAAACCAAAACAGGAA